UUAACGUUUAUAUUCUGUGGAACUGAAAUCAAACGUCAAAAAACAGAAACAAUUUUCGUUGUGUAUCUUCCCAUGUAACGAGUUUUUGAUAAUUCUUAUUUUUCCUUUUGUUUGUUUUGUGUAGAAUUUAAUGUAAUUAUUAAUUCUUAACAUUUGCAACAUGAUUGAAGAAAAUAUAACCGUGAGCGACAACUCAGAUUUAGAGGAUGGCGGAAAUCCUGAACUUCGCGGAUACUUGAGUAAAUGGACAAAUUACAUUCACGGUUGGCAGGACAGGUUUAUUGUUUUGAAGGAUUCCACUUUAUCGUACUACAAGAGUGAAUUGGAGAGUAAUCUUGGAUGCCGAGGUGCCUUAUGCCUGAAGAAAGCCAAAGUCAAGCCUCAUGAGUUUGACGACUGCAGAUUUGAUGUGUCUGUCAAUGAUUGUGUUUGGUACUUGAGGGCCACAAGCCCAGAGGAGAAGCAGCAGUGGAUUGAUGUCUUGGAGUCAUUUAAAGUGGAGUCAGGGUAUGGAACCAGCUCAGACAGCAGUUCCAAUGGCGGUGGUCUCCGAAGACAUGGAUCAGCUACUUCAUUACAGUCCACUGGAUCUCACGGCCGCACAUCCCGUCGUCUUGCAGAGAAGAUAGCCGAGCUGGACACAUACAACGAGCUCCUAUCUAAACAAGCAGUUCAGCUGCAGCAGUACUUCGAUAUGUGUGUGGCAGCUUACCCGCAGAUCAACGAUGACGUCACAGAAGCUAUUGAUGCUGUUAAACUGGCUGAUGGAAACGACCUGAGCCUACACAUCGGCGAGGUGCGAGCCACGAGCGCGUCGUUCCGAGCCACUUGUGGGGCUACGGUGGCUACGUUACAGCACUGUGCAGAGUUGUUGCGACGCAGGGAGAAGCAAGCACGACAGGCAGAGGAGCUUUAUAUGGCUUUGAAGAACCAGCUGACAGAAGCGAGGUUAGCAUCGAAGCCGGGACCAGACCAUGAGGAGGGUCCUCACUCGACAUUACCGGACGACGAGUUCUACGAUGCCGUGGAGACAGGCUUCGACAAGAUGGAGGAAGAGCGGCGGUGUGCGCGCGUGGUGCCGCCCAGCGUGCACACGCGCGACCAGGUGGAACUGCCGCCGCCGGCCAUUGAUAACCGGCUCACCGUGCACUCGCUGUGGACUGAGAUCGACCGGAUAUCGACAGAACAGAUCCAGGCGGCGUUUGAAGGCGUCGGCGGAGAGAUCGGCUGGCAGUUGUUCGCUGAAGAGGGAGACAUGAGAAUGUACAGGAGGGAGAUGGAGGUGGACGGCAUGGUGACGGACCCUCUGAAGGCGAUGCACAAGGUGCGCGGCGUGACGGCGCGGGAGAUGUGUCACUACUUCUUCAACCCCCGAUACCGAUACGAGUGGGAGACAACCCUAGAAACGAUGACAAUAGUGGAGGAGAUAUCGUCAGACGCGCUGGUCUUCCACCAGACGUUCAAGCGCAUCUGGCCGGCGUCGCAGCGAGACGCGCUGUUCUGGUCGCAUGUGCGGCAGAGCAGCGACAAUACCUACGCCGUUACUAACCAUUCCACUACUAAUCCGGAUUAUCCGUCGAACAGCGGCGCGUGUAUCCGUCUGUUCGUGACGGUGUGCCUGGCGUGCCGCACCACGUUCCCGGCCGGACAGCAGCCCACCAGGGACAACAUCACCACCAGCAUCGCUUACUGCAGCACAGUGAACCCCGGCGGCUGGGCUCCAGCGGGCGUACUCCGCGCUGUCUACAAGCGCGAGUACCCCAAAUUCCUCAAGCGUUUCACACAAUACGUCGUCGACCAGUGCCGCGACAAGCCCAUCGCCAUCUAGCGGCAAAAACACACAACAGAGGAACUAUAGUACCUCUAAACUGCACUAAACUAACACUUGGAGAAAUCCAGGUGACCAAAACUACAUCAGACAUUUCGAACUCAGUUUAAACGUCGAUUUUGUCUCACUUACAUUUUGGUGAGACAAAAACUGAGAAUUUCGUGUUGACGUGUAGUGCUAUUAUGUUAAGGCUUAAGUUCACCGACAACAUAAAUAACAGUUUUUCUUCGGGUUAGUGUAGGCUACAUUUUCGUGCAAUAUAUGGCUGUGAUACUGUAGCCGGCAACAUUGCAAGCAGUUGCAGGCACAUUGCAAGACAAGGCUCAGCCAUGAAUUGCUUAGACGUCAAUGUCUGAAAAUAUUCGUAUAAUGGCCAGGCAAUUUUUUGCUCACAUUGCAGCCAUAAAUUGCAGAAAAAUGUAGCCCUUAAAACAACUGUUUGACUUUGAAAAUUGAACGUAAAAAUCGUAGUAAACAAUUAAGAAAACUGACGGUUUAUGUUUUUGGUAAACUUGGCCUAAAUAGGUGUUAUAUAAUUUUAAAGGUUUUAUUCAGGGUGAAUUUAGGAUUCCCGUUUCAUUCUACUCCGGUUAUAUUGUAUUUCUUCGCGAUCUCUUGAGCUCCGGUCGGAUUUUCACUCGAAACUGCAGGACCAUUUUCGAUUGAAAAUAGACUAGGACAUCUAGUGGACAGUAAAUCGAUAUUUGUUGCGAAUUGAGAACUUUUUUAUCGAUUAAAAUUUACUCGUAUGUUCCGAAUAAGGUUUACAUCCGCCUUCUAAGCGCUAGAAUCUGUUUGUUUCAAAUCUUCUUCAACAAAUUGAUAAUUCGAUGUUAGUUUAUGUAUGAUCAAAUUUAAUGUAUUUCUAAUUUCAAUUGGUUGAAUUUUGAUACUUGACAUGUUUUUUUUAUAAUAAUUGUAAUUCAAGCUUAUUCUAUAAUAAUUAUAUUUUAAUGUUGAUCAUUGUAUAGAUUCUGCAAACAGACUUAAUUGUAAUUAAAUAUGUAAAAGAUACACUGUAAAAUUAAAUGUAUAUCGUUGGGUGUUACAAUAUAAUAAAAUUUAUACAAUAUAAUUCUAUAGCAUGUAACGAUUGAUUGUAAAGAGUCUGUAUAUGUCUAUGAAGCGGUAUUGCCAGACGUAAAUAUUUCUAAAGCACUAGACUGUGAAUAUAAUGAUUUGAUUGCAGCAUACUGAUUUAUUUAGAUUGUUUUUUUUUCGUACUUUGUAGUGGGUGUGUGGUUGGUAUUGCCAGCAGCAGAAUCUUGGAAAUUAGUUUACACAAGAAAAAUCAACUGAUUCUGUUAUUUGAAUAUAUAAAAAAUGUUUUAAUUUGUUGCUGGCGGUACUUAUCAAGCUUCUGUAAAAAUAUGAGAGAAAUACUAUUUCGACUGUAUUGAUAGUGUACACAAAUAAAUUAAUAGGCUACGGGAAAAGUUUUGUAAUUAUACGACCAGUCUUCACGAUUCAUAGUCUUGGAGGCUCGGCCGUAAACUUGUGGAAAAAUGCCUUUUGUAAAUAAACUAAGUAUUGUAUGGUUCUUGAUAUUUAUUCGACUAUUUAAAAGAAUACGAGUGGCAUAAGAAUCUCUGGAUGGCAAAAUUAAUUUCAAGUCGCGUGCGUGUACCUGACUUUGUUAUCACGCCGAUUUCCACUCUAUGGCUGAACAAUUUUGUACUAUUGAUUGAAAAUGUUGUUCAGUAUGUCUUCGUCUAAAGAAAGAUUAAAUUAGUACUUAUCUUUUAUAGGAGUUCUUGAAAUUGUUUGUAAAGAGGGUAAUAUUCAAGGUUCGGUGAUAGUUGGAUGUGUUCAGUUAGAUAGGUUUGCGAAAGAAAACAUGUACUUUAGCACUUUUUCGGCUGUGGGCUCGGGAAAUGCAGACAGCCGAUAUCGAAACACGUAAAAUCCAAAGUAAUAUUAUAAAUGCGAAAGUAACUCUGUCUGUCUGUCUGUCUGUCUGCCUGUCUGUCUUUUCUUCACGCCUAAACUACUGAACCGAUUUGUGUGAAAUUUGGUACAGACAUAGUUUGAAACUUGAGAAAGGACAUAGGAUAGUUUUUAUUACAAAAAAAUAAAUAAAAAUAAAAUUAUUCCGGACAUAUAGCGCCAUCUAUUGGUCAAAUCAAAAAUCUGCUGGUAGUCACUAUUCCACGCGAACGAAGUUGCGGGCAAAAGCUAGUAACUAGUAAUAAAUUAUAAAAAUCGUUCAGUAAUUUGUACUUUUUGUGUGUUUCAUGUCUCCAUCUUAUUCCCGAGUUCUCAACCCCAAUCCAUUUCAUGUACAGGGUGGGACUAAGUAAAUGUAGUUCUUAAAAUACUUUCGAUUUAUCUAACUUCGGUUUUUGACCAAAUAUUGUCUAGACAUGAUUAUGUGACAGAAAAUUGAUUUAAAUUGUUGUUUUUUUUUGUAUAAACUUUCGUGGAAUUGACUAUUUAAUUGUGAAAAUAUCUUAUUGGUCUACUUUUUGGAACCUAGGAGGAAAUAUAAAAGGGAAAAAUAAUAGGAUUUCUAAAUAUUAUUGUUAUGAGUGACCUUUCCCUAAAAUACUCAAGUUCCUCUUUAUACUUUACUCCUUGGUCGAGUCAAAGCCAUAUCAUGGGCUGUGGGACUAUUAUGUAUGUUUGGUCAAAAAUAUUACUGUGCACAUAAACGAAUUACAAUAGUUUUACAUACGUCUUACUAUCCUAUUAUUUUUUAUUAUUGUUACUUAUAUGAAGCAGACUUCCAUUCCAGCUUUUUUUAAACUAAUAUAUUAGUUUUAAUAGAUGAUUACUUGAAUGAAUUUCAAUUACACGGGGCUAAGAACGGUUAAAAGAUCAUUCAGUUCUGCCCGCCCAAUGAAUAUUGUACAGAAUUUCACGUUUAUGUCUCAAAGUAAUAUAUUAUUUACUGUUAAGUAAUGGUUUUACUGUUCACCUUUUUAGUAUUAUGUGAAAAGGUAACAGGUAAACAUUACAUACGUCAAAUAUAAAGUGAACGCGAGCGGAAGUGUAAAGAAAUUGCAUUUAUAAUACCGCAAUGUUGCAAUUGUAUUAAGUUAUAUAAAGUAUGUUAUUUUUAAUAAUUAUUGUUUAUAAUAAAAUGUUUUACGGAAA